AUGGUUAGUGCUGGCGGAAAGAGACCUAGAGGAAGAGAUCCCAUAUCCAUGCCAGCAGCUGCUAUAGAGGCAAAGCGCAUGGGGAUUAAUUGUGUUGUUCUAAAAAAUGGGUGGGAUGGCUUUCAUUUGAAGCCCGAUGAUCACUUGGCUGUCUCUGCUAGUUUUGGUCGUUUCAUUCCAGAAUCUAUUUUGGGUCAAUUAGUCUACGGAGGGAUCAAUAUUCAUCCUUCCUUACUUCCAAAAUAUCGAGGGGCUAGUCCUAUAUACUCAACGAUUCUUCAUGAUGAUGCAGAAGCUGGCGUUACUAUCCAGAGAAUGGAUACAACGGAGUUUGACAGAGGAAAAGCACUCGCUCAGGGUAUUCUUUCUCUUCAUGGAGAUGAAAAAUAUAUUGAUUUAAGAGAUAAACUUUCUCAGGGAGCCUCAUCAAUGCUAGAUUCCGUCCUUAACCAAUCCCUUUACAAAAGAUCGAAUCCAGGACACGGGUCGGAACGAACAAUUUUUGGAACUCUGACAGACACAGGGGAGUUUAGGGAAAACAGAGAUGCUCCGUUGCCGAUUCCCGUAGCCAGUUGGGCGCGGAAAAUAUCUCCAGAAAGCGCUAGCAUUGUCUGGGAAACGAUGACAAGCAGACAAAUAUACAAUACUACCCGAGCCUUUGACCAUGCGUGGACUUGGAUUAACGGAAAAAAGGUUUUUCUGUAUAACUUGAUUCCUCUACAACAAUGGCUGGACCAGUCCAAAGCUGAUGUUUCUAAUGACAUAUGUGACUGGAAUACUAUGCAACCAGGCCAGUUCUUUCUAUAUAGAAAAAAGGACUUUCUAAUUAAAACCAUUGAUUCUGCUAUAGUAGUUCUAGGUGGAGUACAAAGACAAACUGGAUCAUUUGUUCCAGCAUUAGAAUGGGCAAAAACAUUCAACAGCGAUCUCUUCGGUAAGCAUAAACGAAGAUUUAUGCUUUCACCUGGACUUCAUGUUACUAAAAACAGAAAAGGCGAGAGCCUCCCUUUGCUAUCUCCCUAUUCUUCAUUUCCUUAAUUUCAGAUUUUAUUCUUCUUUAUGACAUUUAUGCAACCUAGAAAAUUCAUGCUUGCGUCAGUGGUUUCAAGGCCGUAUCAUAGGAACUGUAUAAUUUGUUGCACGAAACCUUUAGAUUCUUAAAGCUUAGUCUCCACCUUAAAAACUCCGUACUCAUGCAUGUCAUGGAAAACCCUU